UUCUACCAGAUGCGACACAUUGAUUUAAUAUUAUAUAUUAUGUUAUAGAAGAAGGAAAUCAGAGCAGUUCGUUACCAGGCAAUAGGGAAAUUUAAUAUACCACAUCGAGAGACAAUAUUGAACUAUAUAUCCAGAUCAGGAGAAAUGGACGCUUGACACUUUUAUAGUAAGAAGUAUACUAAAUAAGAAGUAGAACAAUGGGGAUGGUUGCAAGAGGUGGUCUAAAGAACCACACACGAGAUGACCCCACAAUUCUUAACAGAAAGCUGAAAAGGAAAAAGAGGAGGACCAGCAAAUAUAGGUUUCACCUUCCAUUUCUUUGGCGCGCCUGUGUUGCAUGUAUCUUGGGAUUGCUGAUCAUCGGCGGAGGUGGAGCCAUGUGUUCUUUUGGGUUCUUGGCAGAUGAGUAUUCGACAUCUGAACAUAUAAAUAAAACAACAAAGGCACGCUAUGACAUUGUCGAUCAUCAGUUGAGGAGUCAUUUGAAAAACUCGGUUUAUGGAGGUGCAGUGUUAAUGGGCUUUGGUCUGUUCGUCAUUGUGGUAUCUUGCGUAAUCGUAUGCGAUGAAAGAGACCGACAGAUUAAAGAAAUGGAAGAAGCUGAUGUUGAACGAGAAAAGAACAAACCAAGUUUUUACGAUGCUAUUAUCGGUCAGUUUAGAAAUAUAAAAGACGUUACUCAAACAAAUUGUCAGGACAAUUUAGGUUUUCAAGGUGACGUAUCGAACAGAUUAAGCGUGACACCUCGACCUGGUCCGAGUUGUACAUCUGGUUCGUUGUCCCCAAGUAGCGCCAAAUACAUCCUCCCAAGACAGUCCUUAGAUUAUUUAAGUGAGAAUGAUACGGAUUCGAUGAACAGCGCUUACCCUCAUAUGGAUAUCGUUAUUACUGAUGCGGAUAAAGAACCAAGGAGUAAAUCUUUAGAUUUUACCAAAAUUCGAGAAAACUCUCCGGAUAUCUUAAAUGAAUCUAUGAAAUUCCCAUCCAUGUCGUGUCUACGGGAGGAUAUCGUACCGAACUUCUUGGAGCAAAAAAGACCCAAGACCACUGCUGGAAAACAUUGCAUAAGGGAAAUAUACUCUCCAGAUUUGAGACGGCCAAAAACAGCUCAAAUCGAUGGCCAUGACAACAAAAUCGCUAGUGCAACGAACAUUGAUCGUUCAAUUAUAGCUAGAAAAGAUCAACUGAGACCCAAAUCUAUGAUGGGUAUCAGACCAAUGUAUUCGCAAACAGGGGACGUAUGUCUGUUUAACAUAGACGAAUUCGAUACAGACUCUAUUGAUGAUGAUAUGUCCAUAAAUGGUACCAUAAAUGGUAAUACAUCGCCCCAAGUAUUACAGAUUCAUCCUGAUGAUGAUUUUGAAAUAAUGGAGAACAGGUCUGACAAGUGCGAAUCCUCUUCCGAUGAUACUUAUGCGGUUGGUGAAAAUAAUAUCCAAAUAGAAAAAGAACAAGACGGAUAUACUUUGGAGGAUGCUGUUUUCGUGAAACAAACAAAAGGAGUAACUUUGCGUUCUUCAACUAAUGAAACUAGGACUGGGAGAAAUAGACACAACAGGACAGAGAGUAUUGCCUCAUCUGAUACUGAUGGGGCCAAAACUAACCUUACUAAUGUAACCAUUUAAACAUUAUAACACAAUCUCUUAAUGGUGGGCUAAAAUAGUAUACCCAAAUGGAAAAGUGAAAUGAAAGUGUAUUAAUCUUAGAUGAUGCGUCAGUACAUCAUUGUAUUUGUGAAGAUAAUUGAAUUCCGAAUUCUCCAUAAUUUGAUGUGAAUGAGAUCUCAUGAACGGGAACACAGAUAUGUCGCGCGGGGUAUGGUCCGUUUUCUGACGAAUGAUAUUAACUUCUUCAGAGACCCAUUGUGUAUGUUUUAGAUUCUAUACAUCCUUACUUUAAAUACGGCAGUAUGGCGUCAUCUUGCUUGAAAUUUAAUUUUCGUUAAAAUGAUGUCAU